CAACACAAAAAGUAAUUGUGGAAUUGUGCGAAAAUGUCAUCUGUCACAAUUUGUGGAUUUGUUAAAAUUGAGCCAAAACGAGAGGAAAAUGAAGAAACUGCAACCCCUAACGAGGAGGUUCCGACAACUUUCAAGGCUGAGGAUAGUGAGACUGCAACUGGCAUCAAAAGUGAUCGCGAAAUUAAAAGUGAACCGCAGGAAGACGAGUGCACCUCAUAUUUCAUUAAUCCGCCUCUUCUGUUGUAUGAUGAAUGUAUGGAAGACAAAAGUAAUGUCCUUAACGUACGAUUACGCCACAAACGCCAGAAACUCCUACACUCGACAUCUCCAAAAACACACCGCCGUCAAAGACAUAAAAUGUGACCAGUGCGCUUACGCCACACAUUCGAAGGGCAACCUGAACCAACACCUACGAACUCACCAAAACGAGAAGAAAUUUAAAUGUGGCCAGUGCACGUUCGAAACUCACGUCGAGACCUACCUGAAACGACACGCCCUGAAUCACAAACCGACCACGGACUUUAAAUGCUCGUACUGUCCGUACGCCACAAACGUAAAGGUCAACUUCAACAAGCACCUCUCGAAGCAUACAAGGGAGAGCUUAAGGUGCGAGCAGUGCGACUACGUGACGAGAGAUCGCGAAAAUCUGAGGCGACAUUUGCUGAAACAUGUCGAGUUGAAGGACUUCAAGUGCAAGUUUGAACGUACAACUCGAAGUACUUGACUUGACAAAAACUCGAGUGAGUGACCAGUAAUUAAAGGACGUUAAAACUACAUCAAUAAAUUAAGUGCUUCAUUUGUGAAUUUUAUAUGCAUAGAAUGGUGUAUAGGUAUAUGUUUUUAUAUUAAACGCAAUUUUAAAGUGUUUACUCCGGUAAAAUUAACCCAUAGCAUUCCAGCAAUCAAUUUUGCAUAUUUCUUGUGAAAAUAAUAAAUAUGCAAAAUAUGCAUGUGGUAUAGUCUUGUCUCUAAAAUCUGUGCGCGAGAAGUAGAACAGUCUCUUAAGGAAUCGCCCCGCGGUAAAGGACGAAAUGUGUCCAGAAAAUAAGAAUGUACGUCCACGAUGCGCACUUUGCAAAACUUCCUGCUUAAAUU